AUGGUACCCGAGACAGGUGGAGAACUUCAUUUCCUCCAGAUUGGAGGGACUGGUGAAGAUGCAGAUGAAACAGAUAUAUUUGUGGACGGCAACCUUCCUAAAGGAGUAGAUCAGUUGUCUGAGGGAAGCAGACACACAUCUAACCCAUCCAGUCCUGGAAUUACAGGGGUUGACUUGUUGGUGGACCAGCCUUUCACUGCAGAAGUAUUGACAUCGCUGGUGGAACUGACUCGAUUUGAGACUUUGACCCCACGAUUUUCAGCCACUGUCCCUCCCUGUUGGGUGGAGGUUCAGCAGGAGCAGCAGCAGAGGCGACAUCCACAACACCUGCACCAACAGCACCAUGGGGAUGCAGCUCAGCAUACUCGCACAUGGAAACUACAAUCAGACAGCACCAGCUGGGAGGAACAUGUCUUUGAGCUGGUGUUGCCCAAAGCCUGCAUGGUCGGACAUGUGGACUUCAAAUUUGUCUUGAAUUCAAACAUUACAAGCAUUCCGCAGAUUCAAGUCACUUUAUUGAAAAACAAGGCACCUGGUUUAGGUAAAGUCAAUGAGUCUGCAGUGGACAAGCAGAUCUUGUUUCCUUUAUCUCCAGCUUCUCAUGUGGAGGUAGAGAGAAAUGGGCGAACUGAUCUUGCUGAUUUAAGUGAAGACAUGGAUGUGGAUGAAUCUCAAGAAGGCCCCAGACUUUGUCAAUUUCUGGAGGAACACAAGGAAGAUAUAUUAUGUGGACCUGUAUGGUUGGCAAGUGGCCUGGAUCUUUCAGGACAUGCUGGGAUGUUGACACUAACUAGUCCUAAGCUAAUUAAAGGCAUGGCUGGUGGCAAGUAUCGGUCGUUUUUAGUUCACAUCAGAUCAACUAAUGAGAAGGCAAAUGAAGAGAAUUCUAAUGGCAGUGGAGUAAGGCCAGUCAUGAGAAUGCAAGCCUUGAAACCACAGAACAGCAAGAGUCACUCUCUUGCUUCGUUACUUGCUAAAGUUACAGCAGGAAAGGAAAAGCCAUCCACCUCAAAAACAUCAGAGUCUGGGAAUUCCUCUAAGAAACCUGACAAUCUGAGAGGCUGUGAUCUGCUGCAAGAAGUUUCAGUUACUAUUCGUAGGUUCAAGAAAACUUGCAUCCCGAAGGAAAGGGUGCAGCGAUGUGCCAUGUUACAGUUCUCGGAAUUCCAUGAAAGGCUGCUUAAUACACUCUGCAAAAUAUCAGAUGAUGGUCCUGUCACGGAACAUGCUCAGAGUCUUGUGUUAGAUAUUCUCUGCUGGUUGGCAGGAGUCCAUGCAAAUGGACUAUGCAGUUUCAGAGAUGGGAAAGAAAGUCUGCACACACAAACCAAGAAACGACUCUCCAGCAUUGUGCGAGUUUGCUUCUUUGAAGCUGGUCGAAGUAUAGCUCACAAAUGUGCUCGGUUCCUUGCGCUUUGCAUAAGUAAUGGGAAAACAGAUCCAAGCCAAUUGGGAUUUGGAGGUGCUCUGUUGAAAGCUUUACUUGAUAAUUUGCCUUACUUACCUGCAGCAGCAACUGGUGGUUCUGUGUUCUGGUACUUUGUACUGCUGAACUAUGUUAAGGAAGAAGACCUGGCUGGAUGCAGUACAGUUUGUGCAUCUCUUCUUACUGCUGUUUCCAAACAGCUUCAGGACCGGCUCACACCUCUUGAAGCUUUACUUCAGACCAGGCAACUGGUUGUAUUUUUAUUGGGUGUGGCCAGCUUGCAGCUGUUUGUGCAGAGUAACUGGACAGGGCCUCCUGUUCAGAUAGAGCCACAAGAUAUUUUGCCUGCAUCAGUCAUUGGGAACUUUGGAGAGCCUCAAAGUCUGCGAGCCACUCUGUUGAACAGUCUGGUUUUGGACGGAGAAUCAAUUUAUAGCCUUGUCUCUAACCCAAUCCUACUGGUGUUGGCCAAGUCAAUCCUGGUGAGCUGCAGGAGGAAGCUUCAUCUUCUCCAGAUGUUGCCCUGGUGGACAAUGCGGUGUGUGCACAUUCAGCAGCAAUUACUGGCAGAGCGUUCGCCUCAGCUCUUCAUCAUUAUCCAGGGCUGUAUUGAUGAAGUGCUUACAAACAAGGCAUUCUUCAAUUCUGGGGAUUGCAGAAAUUUAGCAAUCCAGUUCCAUCUGGAAUGUGGCUAUGCUUUGCUAUAUUACUACGAAUACCAGAAGGCCAAAGAGAAUUUCGACAGAGCCCAGAAAAUGGCAAAACUUUCUACCACCAUGACAGGUGCCUUGGGGAAGCGUACACGAUUCCAAGAAGACUAUUUAGCUCAGCUUAUCUUGGAUGUCCAGCAGGAAGAUGGUGCCCUCCAUCAAACAGAUCUCAUGUUAACACCAACGCCCUUGGAAAAUCUUCCCAAGAACCUUGAACUGAGUGAUGACACUUUACUGAACUCGAUUAAACUAGCAGACCCUAAGGAGCAGAAUGUGCCAGACCUAUGUGCAGAGGAGCUUGCUGUUAUUCUUGCUAUCUGGUAA